AUGUGUUACGAUGAUCAAAGCUGUCCAGAUCAGGAUCUGUUUGGUGAAUACGAAAAGGAAGCUUUCAUCAAGGCAGUCGCCGAGUUGCUAAGCAACGAAGAGAAAGCACAAAACAGUUGCUAUCGCAUUGGGAAUAGUGAAUUCGACUUUGGACUCUUCCAGACGUUGUCAAUCAAACCAAAUGAGGAUCUGGACGUGCGGCGGACUCUUACGACGGAUAAGUUUUUGAAGACACUAGCAAAAAAACUGAAAAAAUGUCAGUUGAGAAAUCUGCUCGAUGGAAAAUGUUACACAAAUGUAACGCUCUCCUGUUGCAAUGGCGCCGAACAAAUUACCUGCGAUCCCGACGAUCCAUAUCGUAGUUACGACGGAAGUUGUAAUAAUCUACAGAAUCCCACCUGGGGAAGGCGUGGAAAUGCGCUGAAGCAUCCCAUCGCACCGUGUUUUAGCGAUCUCGUAUCAAAACCGGUACGCAGCAAAUCAGGCGCACCAUUACCACAAAAUCGAAAGGUGAUUUCCGGGCUGGCCGACUUCCUGGAAAAGUAUGGUCCCUCCACGUCCUCCUCACUAAACAUGUUCAUGGUGUUCUGGAUGGAAACGAUCAGUUCGGAUAUGAUUGGCCGAGCGAACAAGCGUACACAAUGCCCGACCCAAGGUUUUCGCGGCUGUCGUGCAGAUGGACGGGAUCGCAGCGCUUUCGUGUCCAUGCUGUCGAAUCCUUUACGCAUGCCGUUGGAUGAUCCGUACUAUGGAGAGUCCGGUAUAAGCUGUCUUAAUUUUAGUCCGCAAGAAAAGGCAAACGAUCGAUGUGAAAUCAAACAUGUGGCCGAGCGUAACAUGCAGAGUAGCUACCUGGAUCUAUCCAGCUUAUACGGUGACACCGCGAACUAUGAUGAGAAGGGAAAGCUGCCACUGUACCACUGUGGAGUCUCGGAAUCAGUUUCCCAGUCGGCACCUACCACCGUGCAGUUUGCUGCCAUCAUCGGUUUAUUCGGUAAACUGCACAACUAUUGUGUGGAUCGGAUUCGGUCCUGUGCAAAGUCAAAGGGUUCGGUACAGGAACGCUGCAGAGCGCUUACGAUUGGCGUUUACCAAAAGAUCAUUUACGGACAGUUAUUGCCGCUUCUGUUAGGAGAGGAAUUGUACAAUUUGUGUGGUUUGGAUUGUGAAUAUAAUCCGUACGCGGAGAGUACUGUUUCCCAGACGUACAAAAAUGGGCCCGGUAGAUUCCCACACGUAUGGAUUACGGAUGAGGUGAUGUACAAGCAUGAAGGAAAGUCACAAUGGCGACCGUUUAACGAGUACUUCCGUAAUCACGAGUCGUUUGAUUGUACAGCAACGUUAGCAGGAGCGUUGGAAACACCUAUCAAGACUGAUCGACUGGCCGAUGCGAUUGUACACAAAUUCUAUACCGUUGAUGGAGAACGUGGUAGCUGUCUACCUUGCAUUGAUUUGGCACGUAAUCGUGACUCUGGUUUGUGUCCGUUGGUGACCUACAAACACUUCAUCGAACAUGCUGCCGGGGAGGAAAGCAAGUGCUACAGUACAUUCGAGGACCUGAGCGACAUGUUUAAUCCGGAGUUGAUAGAGUUUUUCGCACAGUACUAUGAGUACCCCGGAGACAUCGAUGUGCUGUUUGCCAACAUGGAUCAGCGUAGUUAUCCUGGGUCGAACAUGCCAAAACUAGUGUCGCAAUCUACCUGCCUUGAGUUCAAGCGGCUCAAAUGUACGGAUCGGUUUUUCUACACGUGGAAUCCAAACCUAGGAGAAGGAGCUCAACAUCUGAUCGAGAUAUUAGAUUUCACUGCGCUAUUGGCACUGUUUACUGAUAUGGCUGAGGUCCCACUGGAACCGUUCUUGGUAGACAGUCCUAAAGUUGCUGCUUCGGAUGUGAGAAAGUAUCUGGAAAGUGUGGACUAUCUUUACUGUCAGAUGUGA